AUGGAAACGUGGUUUUGGGUUCUCGGCUGGUUCCUCAGCAUUCUCACAAUGGUUGUAAAUGGAUUUGUCAUCUUCCUCGUCUGCGGUAAACGUCAGCUUCGCACCAAAACCAACGCAUUUGUCGUGUCUUUAGCAGUGGCUGAUUUUAGUUUUGGGAUGAUCGCUGUUCCUUCACUUUUUUUCUGCAGCCUUGCAACCGAAUGCACUCCACGCUCAAAAGAGGGAUUAAUUGUGACAUUUGUAAGGGUGUUCAUUCUUUACAUCUCUGGAACAAACUUGGUUAGUUUAGUACUAGAACGUUAUGUUGCUGUGGUGAAACCUUUGAAAUACUUGACUUUUAUGAAGCACAGCCGAGUCAUUCAAAUGGUUCUAACAUCUUGGGGAAUUCCUUUCCUUUUCUCUCUUACUUCAUUGUUAAUUAGACUCAUUGCAAUCAAUCGUAUCAUAACUAUGCUCGGCUACAUGUGUUUGCUUUUCGAGAUAAUCUUGUGCGUAAUGCUGAUCUUUUUCUUGCAUCCAUGUUUUUGCUGUAUACUCUAGAGAUCGCACUUUAGCUAAGCAAUUGCGGUUUAAUCAACCGGUUGCUAGAGCUAAAACCCAGAACAAGGCGUCAGCGGUAAAAUGGGUAGCAUUGGUAACGUGUGUGUUUCUAUCGUGUUACGGAAUAAUGAUGCGUUGUAGUUUAUUAAUGUUAACUGAUCAAAAGUGUAACGAUUUUCAUUACAAAAUUCCUCUAGAAGUUAUUAACUCUGGAAUAAACCCUAUAGCUUAUGCUUUCUUCAAAAGAGAUAUAAAGCAAGAAUGCAAAAGGCUUCUCUUCAAAAAGGCGUCAGUUAAUAAACAACAGAAUAGUUGCGAUGCAAGAACAACAGAGUAGUUAAGGACAGCCAUUAAAAAGAAAUUCAAUGUAAAUGUGGUUUUGGGUUCUCGGCUGGUUCUUCUGCAUCAUCACGAUGGUUGUAAAUGGAUUUGUCAUCUUCCUCGUCUGCAGUCAACGUCAGCUUCGCACCAAAACCAAAGUGUUGGGGUGAUCACUGCUCCUUCUCACUUUUUCUGCAACCUUACAACCGAAUGC